AUGGAUGAGCAGCAUCGGAAUCAGAAAAACAAAUACAGUAUAAUCGUUCCUACGUAUAAUGAACGACUCAACAUCAGUCUCAUUCUUUACCUUAUAUUCAAACACCUUUCAGAUGUUGAUUUUGAAGUUAUUGUUGUCGACGAUGGAAGUCCUGAUGGUACUCAGGAGGUUGUAAAACAACUGCAGCAGGUUUAUGGAGAAGAUCGGAUUUUGUUGAGAGCCAGACCUAGGAAGAUGGGUUUAGGAACGGCUUAUAUUCAUGGCAUGAAGCAUGCGUCUGGAAACUUUGUUGUCAUUAUGGAUGCUGAUCUAUCACAUCAUCCAAAAUAUUUGCCAGGCUUCAUUAGAAAGCAGUUGGAAACUGGUGCUGAUAUAGUUACAGGGACUCGUUAUGUUAAAGGCGGUGGUGUGCAUGGAUGGAAUCUUAUGCGGAAACUGACAAGCAGAGGAGCUAAUGUUCUUGCACAAACACUUUUAUGGCCCAGUGUCUCAGAUUUGACAGGGUCUUUUCGACUUUAUAGGAAAUCAGCACUUGAAGACAUCAUUAGUUGCUGCGUUAGUAAGGGAUAUGUCUUUCAAAUGGAGAUGAUAGUACGGGCAUCCAGAAAAGGGUACCAUAUUGAAGAGGUUCCGAUCACGUUUGUUGAUAGAGUAUACGGAAGUUCAAAGCUUGGUGGAUCGGAGAUCGUUGAAUACUUAAAAGGCCUAGUAUAUCUUCUAAUGACAACAUAA